CAGGUUUAGGGUGGCCAGAAUAAGGGUUUAGUCUGCUGUCAAAAGUUUGAUGAUCGAUUAUUCAGAAAAUUUUCUGCGUUGUUCAUGGAGUUUUUCAUCAGUAUGUCUGAAACCAUUAAAUAUAAUGACGACGAUCACAAAACUGUGUUUCUGAAAACAUUAAACGAGCAACGUUUGGAAGGAGAAUUUUGUGACAUAGCUAUUGUGGUAGAGGACGUGAAAUUCAGAGCACAUAGGUGUGUGCUUGCUGCCUGCAGUACAUACUUCAAAAAGCUUUUUAAGAAACUGGAAGUUGAUAGCUCAUCAGUAAUAGAGAUAGAUUUUCUUCGUUCUGAUAUAUUUGAGGAGGUUUUAAAUUAUAUGUAUACUGCAAAGAUUUCAGUUAAGAAAGAAGAUGUAAAUUUGAUGAUGUCAUCAGGUCAGAUUCUUGGUAUUAGGUUUUUGGAUAAACUGUGUUCUCAGAAGCGUGAUGUAUCUAGUCCUGAAGAAAAUUCCCAAUCCAAGAGUAAAUACUGUCUGAAAAUAAAUCGUUCUAUUGGAGACUCCAACGAUAACCAGGAUGAUGAGGUUGAGGAAAUAGGAGAUCAUGAUGACAGCCCAUCAGAUGUGACAGUGGAAGGAACUCCUCCUAGUCAGGAAGAUGGAAAGUCACCUACCACUACGCUAAGAGUUCAAGAAGCGAUCCUGAAAGAGCUGGGAAGUGAAGAGGUUCGAAAAGUAAACUGUUACGGCCAGGAAGUGGAGCCCAUGGAAACGUCUGAAUCAAAAGACUUAGGAUCUCAAACUCCUCAAGCAUUAACAUUUAAUGAUGGUAUAAGUGAAGUGAAAGAUGAACAGACACCAGGAUGGACAACAGCAGCUAGUGACAUGAAGUUUGAGUAUUUGCUUUAUGGCCACAGGGAACAGAUUGCCUGUCAGGCAUGCGGUAAGACAUUUUCUGAUGAAGCACGAUUGAGAAAGCAUGAAAAGCUCCACACUGCUGAUAGGCCAUUUGUUUGUGAAAUGUGUACUAAAGGCUUUACCACCCAAGCUCAUUUGAAAGAGCAUUUGAAAAUACACACUGGUUACAAACCUUACAGUUGUGAGGUGUGUGGAAAGUCUUUUAUUCGAGCUCCAGAUUUGAAAAAACAUGAACGAGUUCACAGUAAUGAGAGGCCAUUUGCGUGCCAUAUGUGUGAUAAAGCUUUCAAGCACAAGUCCCACCUAAAAGACCAUGAAAGAAGACACAGAGGAGAAAAACCUUUUGUCUGCAGCUCCUGCACAAAAGCAUUUGCUAAAGCAUCUGAUUUAAAAAGGCAUGAGAACAAUAUGCAUAGUGAAAGAAAACAAGUCACAACAGCCAGUGCCAUCCAGAGUGAAACAGAACAAUUACAAGCAGCAGCUAUGGCGGCUGAAGCAGAGCAGCAACUUGAAACUAUUGCUUGCAGUUAAAGCAGAAAACUUUAUCCAAAAAGUAAUUAAAAAAAUUAGGUUGAACAAAAAUUAAUUGUUGAUACAUGUUUAGCCUGAUCACCAUCUUUUCAAGAAAAAAUAUUUUUAGAGGGGUUGAAUGCUGCUGCAUAGAAACAUACCAUGGUGCUUGGUUAUUUUAAAGUAUUUUGAACACAUGUAUUCUUAGAGUAUAAAAUAUUUUUGCUGUUGUUAGUGUAUAAUGCACUAACUCAUGUUUUUAUUCGGGAAAAUGAUCAAGUCCUUUAUAAACAAAAGGAUACUGUUUUAAUCCUUUCUGCACUGACUAAAUGUGUGGUGUACAUUGUACACAUUAAAACAAGGAAGUAAAUUAAGUUAUAUCUAAUAAUGUCAAUAUUUGUAGAAAAAUACGUGGGAGCAACGUGUUUAUUUUUCAGAAAGAGAAUUUUUGGGUGUAGUUAUGCAAGUGUCAUAUAAAACAUUUAGAAUUCAUGGUAAAAUACAUGUGUUGACUUGCUCUAAUUUUUAAUUCUUCCUUUUCCUUUACUUGCAGUUGCCAUCUUUUUAAUCCACCUGGUGAUUUGGGGUAUAGUGAAGUUGCAGAUAUUUGCUUCUCUGAAAGUUAGACCUUUCAUAUUCAUAAUGGCCUAGAUUGUGUGUCAGCUGCUUCAGUAUAAUUUCCAGCCACAUUUCAUACAGCCCACAAGGGAUGGGGUAGAAAUAGGAUAAAUUGUGGAGUGCAGUGGACAAUCUAGCAAUAAGCUCCAGAGUGUGUCAGGUGUGUGUCUGCACAUGCGCCCAGGGUCGCAGCAUGUUGAACCAGGGCAGAGCAGCUCCUUCUGGCUCUGUGCUGCAGAAGGGCUGGCUGUGACAUGAGGGUGCUUCAGUGCAGGGCUAGCCAGCAGGCCUCAGCCAGCCCCUUCAGCAUUUAUAUGUGCGUUGCUAUGGAGUUUUUCACUCCACCACAGGGUAGUACUUGUAUUGACAAGUACUAUCCUACUGCAGAGUAAAUUAGUUCACUCCAGCCUAAUAAGGGUGCACUUAUAGACACUGAGAUGUUUACUGCGCAGCUAAUAAUUAGUAAAUGUCUUGUGUAGAUGCACCCGUUGUGCUGAAUCUGACCCCCUGGCAAUCAGUAGGUAAUAUAACCUGCAGUUGUAUGUUUUUCAUGCUGUUUUAUCGUCACCCUCCCUAAGACAGCAUUACAGAUGUGAAACACUAAAGCUCAGAAGAAAAUGCAUAGAGAGGCAGCUUUAGACCUGUGGAGCCCAAGCAGAUGCUAAGAAACCUUCACAAGUUUGAAAGAGGACACAG